CUUGCUGUGCUGGUGACUGGUAUGAAGUUCGUGCAAGUGCUAAAGCGAGCGAACCGCGACGACUAGCCAAAGUUGGUGUAUUGUAUUUUAGUAUCAAUACGUUUUCCCUUUUUCUGUUUAACAAAAUCAAGCAAAUACAAUGAUUCACUUUAAAGAUAAUAAAAACAAAUCAGCUCUUAGCACAAGAUGGGCUCAAAUGUCGAAACAAGAGCAGAUUAUAGAGAGGAAGAAAAUGGAGAUACAGGCCAAAUUGGAGGCCCAAAAGCAGGCUGCGGCGCUUGCCGCUCAAGCAAAACUAUCAAAUCCCACCCAAAAAGAUGAUAAGGGCUCGGUCAACAUAUUCUCCAAUGAUGGCAGCUUCAUGAACCAGUUCAAGGCCUUGCUUGAAAAGCAAAAGCAAGACAAGCAGGAGAAAGAAGAACAGGAUAAACAUCAAAGUGAUGAUGAAUCGAAGCCAUCAGUUAAGCAUGAGAGUAAAGACCAAUCCUCUGCUGAUGAUUCAUAUGACAGAGAACAUUAUGGGCAAGGCAUUGAUGAGAGACGCAAGUCUGGAGAUAGAGGACAAAGGCCGAAACAUCAUAGAUGGAAUGACAGGGGUCGUCCUCGCCCCCACAGUCCUAUUACACCAGUUGUGGAAGACAGAAAGAAGCUUGUGGACAACAAAAAUCCUCAUAACAUCCCACCCCUUAUGCAAAUCCCUGUUAUGCCACCUAAUAGUCAAUCUUUAGAUUCUGACCGUAACCAAUGGCUUCUAGGAUCUAAGUCUGAUGAAGAUCCUGAUUCUAGUAAUGAAAUGGGUCCUAAUAUGGGACCUGGACCAAUGGGACCAGGGCCAAUGCCACCUGGCAUUAUGGGUCCUAGCCUAAUGGGCCCUGGACCUGGCCCUGGGAUGGGGCCUGGGCCAAACAUGGGCCCCGGCCCUAAUAUGGGACCUGGCCCUAAUAUGGGCCCUGGGCCUGGCAUGGGUCCUGGCCCCAAUAUGGGCCCUGGAGGUAAUGGACCAGGACCUAAUAUGGGGCAUGGUCCAAAUAUGGGUCCAGGGCCUAACAUGGGUCCCCGACCAGGUAUGGGGCCAGGGCCGAUGAUGGGGCCUAGGGGCCCUAUGCCUCCAAUGCCCCCUGGUGGCCCUAUGCCUCCAUUUAUGGGUGGUCCUCCUAACUUUCCUAUGCCGCCUAAUUUCAUGGGUCCAAAUGGCCCAGGGCCCUGUGGUCCAAUGCCGCCUAACAUGUGUGGUCCCAACAUGGGUCCUGGUGGCCCAGGGCCAAAUGGUCCUAUGCCUCCAUUCUUUGGUCCACCUUUCCCUAAUAUGAUGGGUCCAAAUGGUCCGCCUAAUUCAAUGAUGCCUCCUAAUUCUAUGAAUAACAAUAUGCCCUUCAUGGGCGGCCGUCCACCUUUCGGGCCGAAUGGUCCUCCAAACUUUGGUAAUGGAAAUGGUCCUCCAAUGCCUCCAUUUAUGCCUCCUAAUUCGAUGCCUCCAAACAUGCACCACCCUGAUUCAAAAUCCAUGGAUGGUCCACCGAUGAAACCAGAUGGAAUGUCGCUACCUCCGCCUAUGCCACUUGGACUUUUGGGAAAUCCUAAAGAUAUGGACAACUCUGGACCUCCAUUUAAACCAUCGCAAGUUCUCUCUGCAGAUUCGUUGCCGCCGUCAGUCCUGCGAGCCGCCAGCGAAGUCGCCUGCAACGGCGACCACUGGGAAAAUGUCCUGAAAGCAAUUCACUCACAAGACCAAAAUUUGUGGUUCCUUCACAACACUAAUUCGAACGAGUAUAAGGCGUUUAGAGAUCUAGUUACUAAGAUCAGGAGUGAAAGAGGUGACAAGAAACCUGAAGUGAAGCCUGAGGACAAAUAUGAACCAGAGUUCAGUUUGGAAGAUGAUGACAGUAAUGAUGAUUACAGAUUUAACAAUAAAGAUGAUAGCCGGGAUAGUACUAAAGAAGGUUUUGGCUUCGGUCAAUCCUAUAAACGGGAACAAGCCAGUUCUCAGAGUGAUGAGGAAUCUGAUAGCAAGAGGGAAAGAAAGAAGAAGAAGAAAUCCAGAUGGAGUGAUGAUCCUCCCGCAGCCGAUAUUAAACCACCAGGAGUUGUGGCCCCGCUACCACCUAUGGUGCCAGGAGCAAAAUUAGCUAAAAUAGAUGAGGAAGGCAUAAAACUGAGUACAGUGAACCGCAACAACCAGGCUCUGAUGCAGUAUGCUUUGACAAAUUAUGGUACUACCAAUCUCAGUGCUGAGGACUGGAAGAAGUGUGAGGAUAACUUCAAACUUAACCUUUUAUAUCAGGACAUGUUAAAGAAACGGCAAGAGGUGGAACGUCUGGCCGCUGCGGGCAAGUAUAAGUAUGAAUAUGACAGCGAUGAGGACACAGCCGAAGGUACCUGGGAACAUAAGUUAAGAGCAAAAGAAAUGAAUGCAACAGAGAAGUGGGCGGAUGAACUAACAAAACAGGCAGCUGGAAAACAUCACAUUGGCGAUUUCUUACCGCCAGAGGAACUAAGAAAGUUCAUGGAAAAAUAUUCAGCAUUCAAAAGUGGCAAGGAGCCAGAUUUGAGUGACUACAAAGAAUUCAAGUUGAAGGAAGACAAUGUCGGUUUCAAAAUGCUACAAAAACUAGGUUGGACUGAAGGACAGGGUCUCGGCGCUGAAGGCUCUGGUAUCGUUGAACCUAUUAACAAAGCCAAUCAGCCCGUAGCCAACCUCGGUCUGGGAGCGUCAACAUCAGACGUGGUAUCAGCGGAAGACGAUGAAUUUGACGCCUAUCGGAAACGAAUGAUGCUCGCCUAUAGGUUUAGACCUAAUCCAUUGAAUAACCCAAGAAGACCGUACUAUUAAGAAGAAUUUAUUAUUAAUGUAAUAAUGAAGAAGAUAUUCCCGUAGUUAGUCAACAAGUUAUUUUCUAUAAAGUGUCAAAUUUGUUUUUGUGGAGUUUAUUGACGUUAUUAUUAUUCCUUUUACAAACGGUUGCUAAUAUUAAUUGUGCUGCCAAAGUACUUUUUGUACAUGAAAAUGUUCCAUUUGCAAUAUUAUUAGGUUGAUCUGGGUAGCGAAAACUAAGAAAAUAAAUAUAAUAUAAAAUAUUGUCGGUAUGAAUACGGUCUGUAAUUUGUCUUAUGCCUCUGGUAUCAAUGUAUAAAUUGUAUGAAACCUACAUACUAUAAAAAUAUAUUAUCAUGCGCAUUUUAAUCCAAUUAUGUUUGCUUAGUAUUUUUCGCUACUUAAAUCAGUAAAAACUUAUACACAUUUAUAAGCUCUAAGUUAGUACUUAAGUUCCUCAUUAUCAAAAUUCAUUAAAAGGUGAUUUUUACUUAGUUAAUAUUUAUUCGUGUACAUUACAUUUACCUUGGUUGUUUAUUUAUUUAUUUAAUAUUAUAUCUCUGUUUAUCGGUUUUAACGAUAGUUUUCAAUAUGGCAAUUAAAAUAUUCAGCAAAUUACAGAUUUGCUGUAAAUGGUCAUACUUCACAAAAGUAUUGACAACAAAAUGUUGUGUUCACCAAACAGUUAAAAGAAAUUAUAUAAACUUAAAUACAUAACAGCUGUUUUUAUAUUUGUCUAAUACAUGAUAAAUGAAUUGAGUUUUAUUGCUUCCUCGCGUAACGGUUUAUCGAUGAUACUCGACUAGUUUCAAACCACGCUUAGGGCUCAUAGUCAUUAGCAACGUUGCUCGAUAAACGACGCGGUAAGCGUAACAUAUUAAGCCGUAAACAUAAUAAAUGAAAGCAGUUAUUGAAUAUUAUGUAUUAAAAUUUUAUUUAUUUAUUAUAUAAACUUCAAUAUUAUUUUAUGUAUAAGGGAUCUUUAGGUACUUGGAAUAGUCAUAUCUGUAUGGCUAAAUGCCAGUACCAGUUGUUAUUGAUCAAAUGUAAUGUCACAUAACGUUUAUUUAUAGUAUUUUGGUCAACUACAUUAAUUUUAGUAUCAAAUACUAAGCAGUCAUCUUAUUUUCUUUUUAUAAAUUAGGUGGCUUCCGUGUUUGUGGGCCUUAUUAUUUUAUAGCUGAAACGGCUGCAUAAUAAAUUGAUUACAACUUUUCAAACAGAUUCUCCUUUUAUUUUUCUACUACAGUAUAUACAAUCUUGGCGGCAAUUGUGUUUAUAUAAAUAUAAUAAAGUAAUAAGUGUUCAUAGUUGUAUAAAUACUCCAGAAAAAUUAAAUUGUCCUGUUAAAAUACAGCUAUUGUUACAAGACUACAAAAUGUUCUUUAGCUAUAGCUAUACCUAUAAAUUAUGUGUUUGUUCUAACUUUAAGUUGGUUCUAGCUAGAUGUUAAUAAAGAAUAUUUUAACGGUUAAGA